UCCUGCGGUCAUACAGCUGGUAGACUUUCCAGUCUAGACACUUGUGCAGAGACGUUGCAGUGUGUGGCAUCAAUUUGAAAUUCAUACCGGUUGUUUCAGUAAAGACGUCACUGUCUAUAUUAGCUUGGUAGAGGUUAAGUAGCUACAAUCAACACGAUGGCAGGUGUAUUGACGAAAUUCACUAAGGCAACAGCCAGAAUCAGCAGGAAUGGGAAAAUCAUCAACAAUGCACCGCGUUGCUCUUAUGGAACAGAACACAGGGUUGUGGCCAAGAACCCUGUUGUCGAAAUGGACGGUGACGAGAUGACUAGGAUCAUCUGGGAAAAAAUCAAGGAAAGAUUAAUCUUCCCAUACGUUAAGGUAGAAUGUUUGUACUACGACUUAGGACUACCUUACAGAGAUCAGACUGAUGAUCAAGUCACCAUUGAUGCUGCCCACGCUAUCUUGAAGCACAAUGUUGGCAUCAAGUGUGCCACAAUUACCCCAGACGAACAGAGAGUAGAAGAAUUCAAGUUGAAGAAAAUGUGGCUGUCGCCAAAUGGCACGAUCAGGAACAUUUUGGGCGGUACCGUCUUCAGAGAACCCAUCCUCUGUAAAAACAUUCCAAAGUUGGUGCCUGGUUGGAUAAAUCCUAUUGUUAUUGGUCGUCAUGCUUUUGGUGACCAAUACAAAGCAACAGAUUUCGUGGUACCUGGACCUGGAAAGGUUGAAAUGACUUACACCUCGACUGAUGGCAAAGUUCAAAAAUAUGAUGUCUACACCUUCAAAGGAGCCGGUGUUGCUUUGGGGAUGUACAACACAGACGAAAGUAUUAAAGCAUUCGCUCAUUCAUCAUUCCAAGUUGCUUUGAACAAAGGAUGGCCCCUAUACCUUUCGACAAAAAAUACAAUUUUGAAAAGAUACGAUGGUAGAUUCAAGGACAUUUUCCAAGAAAUUUACGAAAAAGAGUACAAACCGCAGUUCGAAGCUAAAAAGAUUUGGUAUGAACAUCGUCUUAUCGAUGAUAUGGUUGCACAAGCUCUCAAAUCUUCUGGAAAAUUCGUAUGGUCCUGCAAAAACUACGACGGAGAUGUGCAAUCAGAUAUCGUAGCUCAAGGUUACGGAUCCUUAGGCAUGAUGACGUCAGUGCUUAUGUGCCCAGAUGGAAAAACGAUUGAAUCUGAAGCUGCCCAUGGAACAGUAACCAGGCAUUACAGGGAACACCAAAAAGGAAACCAGACAUCAACUAACCCAAUUGCAUCUAUCUUUGCUUGGACAAGAGGGUUAGAACACAGAGGAAUUCUUGACGGAACCCCCGAUCUCGUUAAUUUCGCUAAAACCUUGGAAAAGGCUUGCGUUGAUUGUGUUGAAUCAGGAAAACUGACCAAAGACUUAGCUGCUUCUAUUCAUGGAGGUUUCAGCAACGUGAAACCAGAUAUGUACCUUAAUACUCAAGAUUUCCUUGAAGCUAUUGCUGAACAAUUAGAGAAAACGAUUAAACAUUGAGUUGUGUCUUACUUAUUCUGUGAUUACGUGUUGAAGCCUUUUGAGUUGUAAAUGAAUUUCAAUGAUUUGUUAAUAAAUCAUGAAUGAAAUACAGUAAAAGAUUUAUAUUUUUAUACAAUAAAAUAUAUUUUGGAGGAA